AUGCAGAAUCAAAUGCCGUCACCACAACCUGCUAAGCCGAUGACACGAGACUACGCAUUCAGUCCCGGCUACCUCGGUUUUACAAGCUACAACUCGGUCUUCCAAGGAGCUCGAGAGAGUUUAUGUCUUUCUGAAACAGGCUCUGAAUUUCUCAGCCCAGAGGUAUCAAGCCCUGAAAGUGAUGAUGUUCGUUUACGCAGCUUGCCUUUGCCAACACAGCAAAUGUGCCUUGUCGUACUACAGUAUCUUCCGGGACGACCAGAAGCACAUAUGAUAUUCCACGAUGAACCUGGUCCUGAAAACACCACAACUUGGUCUCACACGGCUGUAUCAAGAAUCAUUAAGUCUCUGCGGCUGCUUUUUCAAAGCUUUGAGGGCAGUGAAUGCUUCGAUGAGCAGGUUGCUGAUGUGCUGUGCCGCAAUACUUCGAAGCCUGUUAACGAUACCUUUGAUAGGUUUGAUGACUGGAUAGCCCAGUUCUGUGGGCCAAACAUCCGAUGGGAAUCGAUAGGACUUCUGUGGGCUCAUCUCGAAGGCCUUUCAGAUGCAAUAUCAACCCUAACACAUCGUCAGCUUCAAUGGGUUGAAGGCAAGCGAUCAUCUAUUCUCUCGCACGAUCACAUACACUACUGCAUUGAGAUAGCGCGCCGUUUCACAGCUGGUAACAAUAUGCUCCUUGAUCUCUGUCGACGACAUGCAGCUCUUGGAACAAUGGUUUAUGGCGAUGCUAGCCCUGUAUACUGGAACUCACACAGUCUAUGUGUCUCUAUUCUUCUUUAUAUUGGAUUACAUGCUUCGGGAGAGGCAUCGAGGCCACAAGCACAGCCCCAAAAGCCUUCGUUUUGUGUCGAACAUAAGCGUCUACUCUACAGCUACAUCUUUGCAAAUGAUAAAUCCGAGGUCUCCUUUACUGGUAGACCCCCACUUCUGAGCCGUCGCUAUUGCUCAUCAGUGCCGCCCUUAGACCUGCCAGAUAGUUGUAUGGUAUCUGAGGACACGCUGCUAGAGGAGUUCAAGGCUCUGGAUGACAGGGGCUGGAACACGAAGGGUGAGAUUUCCAGCAACAGUUACAUACGGGCUCGCUACUUGAUGGCUUAUGUCUUUGACGAGGUGAUAGAAGUGGCACUUGGCAACGAUACCCAUGCCACGCUCGAAUAUCUUCAAAAUAUCAAAGUCCGCGUGAUGCAAACAUUUCUCGAAAUGCCUUCGCACUUGAUUUUCAAGUUUGAAGAUCUAGAUGAUCCGCAUCUUGACAUAAAUGUACUUUAUCUGAGAAUAUUGCUUCAUCUCGCUCAUCGAAAAGAUGUCUUUGUGGUCGAGAGAUUGCUUCUUACGCAUGGCGGUAUUGAUGAUGGUUCUUUACUUGCAACUAGUUUUGAUUUAGUCAAGGUUACGAUCAUGCUCUGGGUGCAUAAAAAUCGAUUUGCGCCUAUGCGGCGGAACUUUGAAUGGCUUCUGGUAGCCUACGGAGCACUAGGAGGAGGCAUUCUCUGUCAAGAGCUACUUCGACCAACCUUCUUCGGGCCUCAUCCCUUGAAUCCUGCUCUUUCACGGUCCAACAUCGUACAACAACUGAGCUUGCUCGUUGCUUUCCUGAACUGGGUCGGUCCCAGCUCGCCAAACAGAGUUGUUUGCGGAGACUGCAAAGCAAUCAUUCAGCGUGUGCUUGAUGAGUAUUUGAACUCGGAACCGACUGGCAAUACAGACCUGGUACCCUUAGCUAUAGGGGUUCCUCCGUCUUUAACAUUCGGGUUCGAGUUGCUCAAUACAUUUGAGUGGCUCCAGAACGGCAUUUAG